AUGCCUGCCUACAGCUUUGCUCUUGGUAACGGAACCAGUGGAUUGCCUAUUUGGGAUGAGGUGCAAGUAAUGCAGGAGAACUGGGGUGGUAAUAUGGGACUUCCAGCACGAAAAAUGAAUGCAGUUGUGGAGCUUCGUGGUAGUGAAGGAAAGAUAGUGGUUAAAACAAAUGAAAAUGACCACAACGCAUUUAGAGAAUGUAUUACAUCCUUUUACAGGACCGUUAAAGGAGGCCCCUCAACGGAGAUUGCGGUAAAUUGGAAACGUCCUGUAGAUAUCACCUCUCCGUUCCGUCCAAUGGUUCAUCGAAAUACGACACCUUUUCUUUCUCCAUAUGAUAAGGAACGAAAGAUUUUUCAGAGUACUGUAACAGAAACGGUAAAGCAAACUCCAGCACCUAGUGGGAAAAAAGGUGAUGUAAAGUCUGUAGAACAACCUGUUCCUAUUCAUAUUCAAUUUCCAGAAGUUGUUACUGUUUUGGAUCCUCUAACACUUCAAAAUGGAACAAAUGAAUGGGAAAGUAUAUCCGAUAAGGAUGCUAUUGAACGGUAUCGUGAAUUGCAACCUCUCAUGCAACCAUAUGAUCGAGGAUUACAAUAUGGUUGUGCGGCUACACCAGUGGAAGCAUGUGGGUUAGAAUAUAGUACAGAACAGCGACAUAAACUAAAAGAGAUAGAUAAUAUUGCAGAACUUCCUGAUGUUCCACCUUUCGUGAUGGAUGCCUUUAAUAGUGCUAUUCGAUUUAUUGAACAUGCACAAAGUUCUAUAAAAGAGAAGGAAUAUUUAUGGGAAUUAGUUUAUCCACAUGCCCCUGGUACAUGUCAUCCUGUUUAUAAUCCUUAUGGAAAGUAUGUUGUACGACUCUUUAUUGAUGGUGCUUUUAGACAAGUUAUGAUUGAUGAUUAUAUGCCAGUGGAUGCACUUGGACGAUCUUUUUUAACCUUUACUUCACAAAAAGAAAUUUGGCCAGCACUACUUGCAAAAGCAAUUUUUAUGGCUCUAGGAACAAAUCGUCAUUUACUUUUCACCGAUCCAGAGACGAUAGUAUCAUGUCUUAAAGGAGAAUGGGUUCCACAGCAUAUUAAUCCGCGUAUUCAACCUGCAAUGGCAUGUGCCUUAACAUUGGCAUAUCGAAAAGAACUUUUAAACAGCGAUACCCUUACGACACAUUUUUCAGCUUCUUAUACUGGAGGAAACACAAUUAUUGGUGAACAAGAACCAUCCUUGGGAAAACAACAAGACAGUAACUCUCUUGAAAAAUCAGUAGAAGUUGCUACUACUAGUGUUACUGCUGGUGGUGGUACUGCUGUUGGUGGUGGUACUGCUGGUGGUAGUAGUGGUGGUGGUGGUGGUGGUGGUAGUGGUACAUCUGCUUUACCAAGUUGCAAUAAUUCUCCAAGUGAAGGUGGAUUGCUAGAUAAUUUAUAUAAUUCUCCACAUAUUAUAUCUGCUGUUGGCACUUUUGAGGAUGGACGACGAAAACUUUUUGUUAUUCGUGAAAUUGUUUUAUUUCGAGAUACUUUGGCAUUACAAAUAUCAACAGAUCCACCUUCAGAUAUUAUUGAACCAAAACUUUUAAUUGCAGAUAAUGAAGAUGAACUAGUUCAAGAAUUAUUGCAAUUUUCAUCUUAUGUUGAAUUGGGAACAAACCAUUGUACUAAGGCAGUAUCAAAUCAGUCAUAUAUCUGGGUUACAUUUGAAGAGUUAUCAGAAAAGCUAGAUCUUGUGGUUUGGCAACAACUUGGAGAAGAAAGCCCUUUUCGAUUUGUUAAUCGAAUUAUAGGAUUGGAUGAUACGGUUACGGCAGCUGGACACUCAAAGAAGAAGGGUACAACUUCCGUACCUUCAGGGGCCUUGAGACGUGAUACUGUGCGGUGGAUUCAUAUUAAUUCAGAAAAAACAGAACAACUCGCAUUAGUAAGUCUGGGAAAUUUUUCAGUUUCUCCUCUAAACGCGUCAUCAGGAACCAUAGCGGCAGCAGCAGCUGUAACAGAAAAAACAUCAAAAAAAAAUCGUCCACCAUCUGUUUCUUCGGAAAGUCGACCAAUAUUGGCACAGUCAGCGAAUCCUUCUGUAGACUACAAGUUGCCUCAAGAGGAAAUAAAGGAAGUGCGUUUCGAUUUAUACACAUGGGAUCGAGGUGAUACAUGGAGCUAUGCAGGAAAUUUUCAAUAUGAAUCUGGUAAAUUACAAUGUUUAAUUCAUACUUUUCCUCCUGGUUCACAUAUUUUACGUGUUACAGCCGUUGGACUUGAAUCUCAACAGUGUAUCGGUUUUCUUUCUACAAAAGAAUUUGUCAUGGGUGAAGAAAAGGAUGUUUUUCGUUCUUCAAAUAUUUUUAAAAUAACUGAUGCUGGUGCUUUUAUGGGAGUAGAUCGAUUUAAUGAAGAAGUCAUCUGGUUUAAACGAUUGUUCACAGUAAAAGAACCAACUACAAUUUCUUUUGUCGUAUCCACACUUGAUGCUAGUGAAGAUCCAGCUACGCAUCGAGAUAUUCCUCCUGCGCUGAUAAAAGAACCAAGGGGAGCUAAGGUUCGUGUGACUAGUACAAAGACAGUACAGAAAGAACCUACUGAAGAGGUAUCACGACGUUCACUUGAUAUCCCAAUUAUUCCUUUUUGUUAUGUAUUGCUUAUGGAUCUUGACAAUGGUACUAUUCGUUCUGGAGCAAUAGGUCGCCUCGUACGCCAGUAUUUAGAACCAAAUCAGCAUGGUUAUCUUGUAAUGGCAUAUGCUUUAAUUGAUAAACCAUCUGCAGAAGCUAUAACAGGGGGAAAUCCUAUUAACUUGGUAUCUGAAACGUCCCCUUUGCAAUUAUGUGAAAGCGUUGCUUCUUCUACUAAUGAAGAUAAAGAUAAUAGUAGCGCACGUGAUAAACCUUUACAAUUAUCAGGAAAAGGAAAUUGGAAACUUGCUAUAUCUACAGAUCGAAUGUUUGAUUCAUACAGACAAAUGCCACAAAAUGUAAUUUCUUUUGCAGAAAAAGGACAUCUAAAAAGAGGAAGUCGUGCCCUACUUUUUUCCUACACCUGUACAAUAGUGGAAAAAACUUCCUUUACCUUGUUGCUUGAUUUAGAUGCGCAUGAUCCUAUUCCUUUUUGUAUUAAAGUAUUCCGUAGUGGUGUAGAAGCACCACCUGUUUUUGUUUCAGAUACUUGUACGAAACAUCUCUUCCUUCCGCAUGUUACACUUGAAAUUGGGGAAAAGAUGAAAAAUAUCAGUUAUAAUAUUGAGGCAUGGUUAGAUGCGACAAAGGUGCAGGAAUGGGAGGAAAGGCGUCGUUUAGCGCAGGAAACAAAAUUUCGUGAGAUUCGUCAAGAAGCUGAACAGAAAGCAUAUGAGAGACAAGAACAAGAUAUUAAGGAUUAUCAAACUGAUCCAAGCAAUUUUAUUGAACGACUUGAGCAGCAUGCUGCUGCCCAACUUGAACUUAUUGCCGCGUCUUCGAUGAAAGAAAUUCCGGUGGCUGCUGUGAAGAAGACAAGAUCUAAUGUGGAAAGACGAAAAAAUGUCUCCGGUGCGGGUACAGCUGCAGAUAAGGUGGGUUCUAGUCAUUCACUUAUCGCUUCUCCAGUUACCCCUGCUAAACUUUUUCUUGAUACUACAGAUGAGUCAUUGGUCAUUACUUUUGACUUGCGUCUUCAGUUUUCGGCAAAAGUGGAUGUUAAGAAUGGUGCACCUCCAAAAGAUCCUUUAGCCACUUUGCGAGCCAUGUGGGUUCCACCCAUAGAACCCGGUACGCAUGAUCACUCCUCCCCACAUGCCCCACGUGCUGGGACUCUUAAAGGAAAGCAGCGGGAGACGACCCCCACCACGGAGGAUCUUCUUCGCGCGGAUCAGGGACGUCUGAGCCGGCAGCGGUUCCUCGACAACCCACGCGAUAUAUUAAUUCCGUACUUGACAACAUCCCACGAGGAGGGCGGGGCCACCACCCGCGUGGUGACGGACGUGGCGCAGGAGAUCAACUACCACCACGCCCCCAUUCUCCCCGCCUCGCAGUACCGCCGGCGGCUCCUUCCACUUCGCGCGGCGGAGGUCCGGCCGCCCUCGAGUCCGACGCCGCCCCCCACCGCCACCCGCGACGCCUCCCGCGCCAAAUCGCCCGCCCUCCGCCUCGGCGCCGUCAGCCCCAACGCCGCAUCUCCCCUCCCCGCAGAGGACGACGCGGACGUUGCAGAAGUGAGAGCACCAGUGCAGGAGUUCCUCAACCGCCUCACGGACGAUCUACGACAGGCCCACGAAAGACGCAAUGGUGGACGUGAGACUAUUAGGGAAGCACUCCGACACUACUGGAGCGGGCGUCAGCAGGAUCCCGCUUUGCUUUCCUUGCUUGGACCGAGGGAGGAGGAUAAUGGUAGGCGACGCAAGAGUCGCCUGAGAGUAACGAAUUAA